GCGAAUGGAAUAACCUAAGGACAAUAAAAGAGCUGGCACCGCGUUGAUAAUUUCAUUCUCUGUGACAGCGAGAAAGAUUUCAACAAUGUUUUCACAAGGUGUGAUUGUUUCUAUUGUACUGGCUCUAACAUUGGUUACUGCAGCAAUUGAAAAGCGUCCAUUAUGUGAAAAUAAUGUUCCAUCUAAACCGUAUGGAUGUAUAUCCGACACUGCGGGUGUUGCCAUGUGUAUUAGUGAAGACCAGAUAUGUGAUGGCCUGACCGACUGUGGUGACGGAUCAGACGAACAAGAUUGUGAUUACAGUAAAUGGUACGGCACUGCAGAUGGCAAGUGCCCGGCUCCAAAUCAAAAUGCGUCGGGUGCUGGUGGUAUGGCUGUUCUUGGGCCACAAUUUAACGAGGCUCACAACUAUUUUCGAUGUCUCCAUGGCGCCCAGAAUAUGACGUACGACGUGUUGCUUCAAGAAGGCGAUGCCAAAAAUGCUGCUGACAAUAGCGCCGCUUCUGGCACACUGACACACACCUACAGCGGCGAGAAUUUGGCGGGUGUACAAAUUAGUGUCUCGAAGACUACAGGUAUAUAAUUUUUUUUUAAA